AUUCUGAGAAUCUCAAAUUUACGCGACUCAUAUGAUCAAUCCAGUGCUUGCAGGAAAAAUGGGAUUGAGGUUACUCAUACUGGCAGUUGUAGGCUUGGGCUCACUGUACGUUAUGCAUCUUCUGGCACAAGACUUUAUGAAAAUUUCGAAACCUCUAUUUAUGGCGUCAGGAAAACGAGACAUAUCCAGGUUUAAUCGGACGAGUGCAUUAAAUAACUUCGAAAAACAAAUUGACUGGAAUGGUAUGCUGAAACGAGACCCAUUGAAAUGUUCUCUAUCGCUCAUUUGUCAACUGGCUGCUGGGGCAGAACUGAAGAACGAUGCCGCUAAUGCAAUCUUCGAAUUUAUUCAUUACAGCGUGGAAAACAGUAAAAACGUCCCAAAGAAGAUAGUUCAUUCGUUUGAACGUGGCCUGGGCUUCAAUAAAUUCAACGAAACCGAUUUUGAAAAUUGCUACCCGCACUAUCCCCUGUGCAUAUAUUCGGUCAAAACUAUGAUGAAACUACUGGACCUACAUACCAAGAUCUUUGGAGCCUGGACGUAGUGUUUGUUUGGUUUUGCAUGGUGAAUACUAAUGAGU